AUGAGGGUCACAAUCUCAAGUCUACUGCUGCUGUUCACCACCACCUUGACCCUCGCUUCAGUGGCUGAUGCAGCAAGUUACAACCUCCUCCAUCGUAUCAACCCUUCUUCGGAGUGGAGUUUGAGAGCAACGAUCGAACUAGACCCGAUUUCCCUUGGCACCAACUCUUCUUUGGCGCUCAGUAAUAAGCUUUCUUCGAGGCAGGUGGAGGGGUUGAAAGAAGAGGCAUAUAAGGAGGAUGCUGGGCAAAGGUUUUACCAAGUAGCUCUUACCGAAGCGCGGGGUAAACUGGCGGAUGGGGCAGAAGGGGAAGAGGUCAGUUUGAUGACUAGUAUUAGGUUGUGUCAUUUAAGACAAUCUCAUCCUGACCUACCCACCCUAGACGACGAACUAGUUCUCACCCUUCGCCCUGCUUACUCACCUUCACCCUCCGACACUUGGCGCCUAACGGUGACAGGACUUUCAUACAGAGUAUUAGACAUCUCCCUCUCUCCGCAAUCCUGUCCGCUUGGCAACCCAACCAAGCUAAACACCAUGCUCAGCAAUGCACGAAAAGUUCGAGCACGUCGUCGCAAUCCUUCUUCCAUCGCCACCGAACGCCAGCAAGGAUUUAACUUGAACACAAAACUCAUCACCAAACACACGCAAAGGGUAAAAGAUGUAACCUUGAAACAAGCAAUGCCUACCAAUCAGGAUGGAACGGUCAAGCCGGUAGAAAAGGAGAAAAGCUUUUUGCAGAAAUAUUGGUUCUAUCUAAUUCCUGUUGCGAUUCUGUUGGUUAUGCCGCCUGGUGAGGAGGAACCCAAGCAAAGCGGUGCUCGUGGUGCUCGUGGCAAGAAGAAGAGCAUUUGA